AUGGCCACAGACAUCCAAGCUAGACGUGCGCAGGUCGCGGACGAGGUCAAGUUUGACAUCUUUACCGAGACGCACGACUUGGACGUGGAGAAGCAGAUAAGACAGAUCACAAGAUGCUUUAUCUCCGACACGAUUACAGUUCCCACCAAGGAAAUGUACGCAUAUGCGGCGCGUGCUUCAGUCGGUGAUGAUGUCUACCAUGAACCGUCAACAUUGGCCCUCGAAGCACAUAUGGCGCGACUCACUGGGAAGGAGGCCGCGCUGUUCAUGCCUUCCGGGACGAUGUCCAAUCAGAUCGCUCUCCGCACCCAUCUUAAGCAGCCACCAUAUUCGGUGCUUUGUGACGCCCGGGCACAUAUAAACAAAUACGAGGCAGGUGGUACCGCCUUCCAUUCCGGAGCGCAUACCAUCCCUGUCCCUCCCUCAAACGGUCGUCAUCUCACACUCCGUGAUGUGGAGGCGAACGUUGUGCUCGGAUACGACGUUCACAGUGCGCCAACAGAAGUGGUAUCUUUGGAGAAUACCUUAAACGGCACCAUAUUUCCCCAGGAGGAGAUUGUAGCCAUCUCCGACUUUGCCCACAACAAGGGGCUCAAAAUGCACCUUGACGGCGCGCGGAUAUGGCACGUUGCUGCCUCUACUGGUACCACAAUCAAGGAGCUCUGUGCGCCGUUUGACUCGGUCAGCUUAUGCUUCAGCAAGGGCCUGGGUGCCCCGGUCGGCUCAUGCCUGGUCGGUAGCAAGGAAUAUAUCGCCAAGGCUCGGUGGUUCCGCAAACUGUUUGGUGGAGGCAUGCGACAGAUCGGUAUCCUCGCUGCAUCAGCUGCAUACGCGCUGACCCAUAACUUCCCCCGCCUGGUCGACGUCCAUGAACUGACACUACGCCUGGAGCAAGGGCUCAGGAAUAUUGGAGUCGAAAUCACUUCUCCCGGUGAGACGUGCAUGGUAUUCUACGACCCGUCGUCGGUGGGCGUCGAGUAUUGGGAGAUCGUGGACCGUGCAAGCAAGCUGCCCGAACCCAUUGUCGUCUCCGGCUCUCGGCUCGUCGUACACAUCCAGACCUCCCCAGCUGCUGUCGACGAUUUCCUCCAACUCGUCCGUGACCUAGCCGAGGAGAAGAAGAGGGCAGGGUUUGACGCCGCUCAGUAUAAAGCGCAGGCAAAUGGCCAUGUGCGCACUAACCACGACAUCUACGUCCGCGGAGUGAAACCUAAGCCAUAA